UUCUAGUUGUGUCGCGUCGCGUUGCGCGGUGAGUGUUUGACGCGAGUAUAUUGUGCAAACGCGGGGAUUUCCGUGAAAGGAGGAGCCUGAACUGAUGUGAACUGAUGCGAUCGCUGAUCUAGUGUUUGUUUCCGUUCACAUGGAGAAACACGGAAACGUUCAUCGCACGCUGAAGCGUCACGAAACCCCCGUUUAAUAACGACAGAAACAGCAGCGGAGCGACGGGAACGCGUCUUCGCGGAGCGCGCGAGCUGCAGUAACCCGGACUGACGAAGAACCGGACCUGCACCGCACCAUAUUUGUUUUCUGUCGUCUCGUCUCCGAUCUCUCUCUGGACUACUACGGCAUCAAUCACUCCCAUAUAAUCUGAUUUUCACCAAAAAAAGUGCGCCAGGAUCAUGAUGCCGUUGGUCGUCACACUUCUCUGUCUCUGCAUUUUAAAGAUGGGUGGCUUUUCUGCAUCUGUCACUCAGGCCUCCGUCCAAUCAGACGUGCAGUGCCUGGACUGGGGCGUGUGGAGCGAGGGUGCGGUGCGGGUGUAUGACGGCGAGGUGGCGUGGCUCUACUGUCCUCUCUUCUCUCAUCCCACGCUCUACAGCUACAGUCAGACUCAGAACAGCAGUCUGUCUCUGCUGUGGUACCGACACACACACACGCACGAGCUCGAGCAGCCCAUCAACUUCAAACUACACACACUGUACAAGGACCGAGAGUAUCUGUGGAUACAGCCGGUCACGGCGCAGGACACUGGACUGUACAUCUGCAUGCUCCGCAACAUUUCCUCGUGUGUGAAGAUCGGUGUGGAGCUGGAGGUCGUUCAGCGGGACGGAGAAUGUGACCCCAAAACUCGACCUCACCUGAACCUGACUAUACCACUCCAGAGCGAUCGAACCCUCGAGUGUCCUGACCUGAAAACCCUCACGCUGCCCAACAGCACAUACUCUGUCACUUGGUACCAUUUAUGCAGGUCUGGUGUUUUUAGAGGAGACCGAGAGCUGAAAGGAGAUGAUCUGGUGAUCUACAGGAUGUAUGACGCAUAUGCUGGCCUCUACACGUGUGUCGUUUCAUAUCAGAUGAACGGACGCACGCUCCAGUUCACACGCGCCAUCAACAUCAUAACUGUUGUUCCCGAUGUUGGCAGUAAAGUUCCCUUCAUUCUGAAUCCCGCGAGCGAUCAGAUCUACAUGGUGACUCUGGGAGAUACAGCGACGCUGUCCUGUCGGGUGCAUAUGCCUCACCUGUUCACAGACAAGAAGGAGAUCUGGUGGACCAUCGAUAACAAAACUGUGGAGCAACUCGGCGACCCGCGAUUCAGCUCACCUGAGGCCACGCUUCUGUCGUAUUAUUACGGCGAUGAGGAGAAAGAGCGAGUCCUGCAUGUGAUGGAUUUUUCAGCUGAUGACCUGCAGAGGGAGUUUAACUGCUCCGCCAGAAACAGCCGCGGGUUCAACACCAGCAGAGCCACUCUCAAGAGCCGACUGUAUGUCCCCACUCUAGAGCUGGGCUGUGGUUUAGGUGUGACUCUGGCGCUCAUGUUGAUGAUGUUCGUCGUCUAUCACGUGUUCUGGCUCGAGCUUCUGCUGCUCUAUCGCUCCUGGUUCGGCUCGGAUGAGAGAUACACAGAUGAUAAGCAGUAUGACGUGUACAUCUCAUACGCACGCAACAGCGAGGAGGAGGAGUUUGUGCUGUCCACGCUGCGCAGGGUCCUGGAGACAGAGUUCGGUUACUCCGUCUGCAUCUUCGACCGGGACAGUCUUCCUGGAGGAACUAUAACAGACGAUACGCUGAGGUUUGUGGGUCAGAGCCGGAGGCUGGUGGUUGUUGUGAGCCCGUGCAGCGCUGUCCGUGGGACACAGGCGCUGCUCGAGCUGCAGGCCGGAUUGACCAGCAUGCUGCACGGCGGCAGCCUCAGGGUGGUUCUGAUCCAGUUCAAACCGGUCCAGAGGAAGAGCUGGGUCAAAGAGCUCCGCCGGGCCCGUCUGGCGCUGACACUCAUACGCUGGCAGGGCGAGAAAUCGGCCCCUCUGUCCUCACGCUUCUGGAAACUACUGCAGCUCGAGCUGCCCAUGAGGAGGAACACGGACAAACACAUGCCACUGCCAGACAUCACACAACACACAAAACACGCCGAAAACACACCUCCUGUAAAGGAGAAACUAAUCGAAUCCUAUUGUACAAGUGCGUUAUAGACGUCCGUCGUGUCCGGAAUCGCUCUCGAUUCCCUAUAUAGUCAAAUUUGUAAAGCACUUUUACACUUUUUUUAUUUUAAAGCAGCUUUACAGAAAGUCAUACAGUCAGCUUUAUUUAUACAUCACACACUAUUGUGUCAAAACAAGAAAAUAAUGAUUCGGUGACGCAAACAGAGUUCAGUUCUGCUGUAAAGAAGCUCUAAAAGUAAGACAAUAGUGUCAUUGUUCAGUGUUGAUUCAGUUCCGUUCAAUAACUGUGUUCAUAAAGUUCGUCAAUUAUGAAAUGAGUUAUAAAACAGCUGUGGAGAAAACAGUGUCAGUUCAGCUCUCUUUCGAUUGUGUCAGUGCAGUCAGUUCAAUAAUAUUGCUGACUAUUAAGUGUCUAUACAGUGAGCAAAUUCUGAUAUAUUGAUAUAUAUUUGAUAUAUAUUUUUCAUUUUAGUUUAAGUAAUGUUAUUAUGAGCUUUUGUCAUUUUUAUCUGUUAUAUAAUAUAUAUAUUUAUGCAUCGCGAUUCGUGAAUCGUUUCUGAUAUUUUCCAAAUGCAUCGCAAAUCGAUUCUGAGUUUAGUUUUCAACAGCAGAUGGCGCUCUAGGCUCAUUUUUAGGCUAAUGCUUAAAUGCUCACAAAGAAGAGCGCUUGUGCGUUCGGCCGAGUCUGAGAAAGUAUUUGCACCUCAGAAUGCUUUUAUGACGCGAGAUUAAUGUAAACAGCACUUGUAAUUCACUUUUCGAACUUUAUGAAUGGUUAUUUUAAAUGAGGUUCAUGUGGUGUGUGUAAGGAACUGGAAGGAAGCAAAGUAUGCUUUCUUUUAUUUUUAUUUCAGUUUUAGUUGUAGUAAUUUUACUUUUAAGUUUUAUGUUUUUACUAGGGAUUUCCAUCAUUAAUUUAGUAUUAUUUUUAUACUAUUAUAGUAUAUAUUAAUAUUUUG